GGAGUGGUGGAUCUUUCUCUGUGGCCUCAGUUCAGGCUUUGGGUCGCCGAUCAAAAGCAGUUGGAUAAGAUGGCUGGAGUUUGUUUACUGGCUUUUAUAGCUGGCUUACUGCUGGAGACGUACGGACUGCCCGUCGAAAUCAAAGAGAAAGACAAAGAAGCCGUGUUCGUGUCUCAGCAGACAGCAGACACGGUGCUGCGUCGCCUGCGCAGGUACAACAGCGGCCAUCUUGAAGAAGUGCUUCAGAAAGACAACCUGGAGCGGGAGUGUAAAGAAGAAACCUGCACGCUAGAGGAGGCCAGGGAGGUGUUUGAGGAUGAUGGCAAAGCUAUGGCAUUCUGGGCCGUCAACAUUGAUGGUGACCAGUGUAGACCACCCCCCUGCCAUAAUGAAGGUGUGUGUGAAGACGGAAUCAGCGCCUAUGUCUGUUACUGCAAACCAAACUUCAGCGGCAAGAACUGUGAGAUUGAGCUGAGCAAGCAGUGUUUGGUCAACAACGGUGGAUGUUCCCAUUUCUGUGUGAUGAAGACAAUGAUACCCGUGUGUAGAUGUGCAGCUGGUUACAGACUCGGGCCAGACAAGAAGACCUGUGAACCAACAGAACAAUUCAGCUGUGGUCGUCUGAACACACCCGCCUCCUCCGCCACCAGGUCCUUGACCCCGCGGUCAUCAAAUUCCAGCUACACCCUGGAUGAUGACUACAAAGAGGAUAUUUCACAGGUUUAUGACGACUACUACGAAAUCUCUACCGAGGAUUUGGACUUGUCCAACAUCUCCAUGGCAGUGAAAAAUCGACCAGUGAGGUCAGAUUCAAGCUCCUCUGUAAAUCCAGCGGAGGCGAGCAGUGUCACUGAAACGGAGAAAAAGCUGCUGCCUUCCUGGGCUUUCUUCCCCACACUCCCCACCAUCAUAGCGCAGGACAACACGGACCAGAGGAUUGUGGGAGGCGAUGAUGUAAUUGCUGGAGAGAUACCUUGGCAGGUCGCCCUGAUGGCUCACCCAACCGUCCCUCACAGAGCAAAGGCUUUCUGUGGAGGAUCUCUGCUCAGUGAACUAUGGGUCGCCACCGCAGCCCAUUGUCUGCAGCAAGUUGGUAUUAAUAAACUGGGUUUCUUCAUCAGAGUGGGUGAACAUGACGUGGACCAGGAUGAGGGAAAUGAGCAAGACCGUGCGGUUGUAGAGAUGCUUAGACACCCCAUGUAUAAUCCAAAGAAAUCCUAUAACCAUGAUAUUGCACUACUGAAGCUUGCCAGUCCAGUGGAACUGUCCAAUCCGCGUCCCAUCUGCCUGGGUCCCAAAGACUUUACAGAGACCAUAUUGAGGGAAUCCAUCAACUCUCUGGUGAGCGGCUGAAAGUUGGACUUCAAUGGCAGACAGUCUCCCACGCUUAAGAAGCUGGAGGUCCCCUACGUGGACCGCACCGCGUGUAAAGCGAGCAGCCGGGAACAGAUCACACGCUACAUGUUCUGUUCUGGCUUCCGAAAUGGCAAUAAGGAUGCAUGCCAGGGGGACAGUGGGGGGCCGCAUGCCACUAAUUACAAAGGCACUUGGUUCCUAACAGGUAUCAUCAGCUGGGGGGAGGAAUGUGCUUUGGAAGGAAAGUAUGGCGUCUAUACUCGAGUGUCGCGUUACCACAAAUGGAUCAGUUUGACAACAGGGAUCCCAAUCAACAACUGACCAAUAUAAAGGAAUAACAAGAGCUGUCAGUCAACACAAUAUACAGAGCAAGUGAAAUAUGUUCUUCUACUGAAUCAUGUUGUUUUAGAUUCUUCAAUAAAAAGUUAAUCAAA